AUGUCAAUCCAGCUGAUUUUGUUUUGUUUCCAUUUUGCUACUUCGACUGGCUUUAUUCUCGGUGGACCUCAAGGAAAUGCACCAGCUGUGCCUCUGCUGGCGUCAUGGACACCUCUUGGAUCAUUUACUAUUGGAACCAAUAGUAACCCAGAAAGCAUUGCUCUCACGCCGCCCAGCCCAUCAACUUCUACCAGUAGUCCUGAUUCCGGAAUUACUACCACUGUCUCAACAUCGUUUAUCUUUGGGAGUACUAAUGCAUCGAUCUUCAUCAAUCCUUUCGGGACAACACCCUCCAAACCUCCUUCCAGUUCCAGCUCUGCAGAAUCAACGACUCAAAGGUUCGUUUAUUCCCUGCUCCUUACACCACUCGUCACCCACAUUUCAACAGCUCCCUCCAAGCUACAGGAAGUAGUUUGGCUGGCGCUUCAUCAACUACCACCUUCCCAGCUGCAAAUGAAACUCAAUCCGCGUCUGUCACUUUCCCUUCUUUUCUAA